GAAUAUCGUGAAUUGAGAACGCUUUUUGGACCAUCCCUUAUUUCAAUAUUGUUCAAGAAUUUCGAACCCCCACUCCUCUAGCCUCUCAUAGCUGCGGCGCUCGGUCCCAUCAAAGUCCUUUCUCCCAUCAAAGUCAUAAAAAAUGGGGGGGCGUUCAAAAACUAAUCUCGAGUUCUCGUUAUUUUAUUCUAGUUUAUUCUUAAAGUGCUAUCACAAUUUAUGUUUGAAGUAAUUUACUUACGAAUCUCAAUAACAAGAGGCUAAUCAGUUGUCAACCUGCAGGUCCUGUACGACCUGUACUGUAGGAAAUUACCAGUUAUUUCAUUAAACUGCACAGUAAUAUUGUCAAUCUCAUUAAUGAUAUGUGACAUUAAAGAUGACCGUCAUUACUAACUGAAUGUAUUUUCUACUAUUUUUUUGCCAUCAUCACUUUUAAAAUUCAAUGUAGCUCAAGGAGCCACGUAUUUCAAUACUUUAAGAUUAAUUAAGAAAUUAAGCACUUAUUACGUAAAUAACUUUCUGUCGAAAGGUAUGUAGUUGCUUUUGAAAUAAAUUUUAUAGAAAUCUAGAGUCGACAAAAGUAAGGAAAGAAUGAAGGGUCGUUCCUCAUUGCUGGUUCGCUUUACCCCUGGCGGACUACAAGAACAUAGGGAGGUUAUUGGUGAUGCUCUAUCCAACAUGGAAGUUGAUGCUAAGACUGCAGACGUUCUCUUCAUAUGCAGUGGGGGUGUGAAGGUGUUUGCUCACAAGGCACUCAUGGCUUCUGUGUCGGAAUCCAUGAAGAACAUUUUUAGAUCGGAUGUAUGUACUCUGUGUUUGGAUAGGAAUAAAGAACCCCAAGUGGUACAUCUGGACAUUGAAGCCGGUCAGCUGAAGGAUGUUCUCUGUAUUCUCUACAAAGGAGAAGUUACAACUACGGAUCCUAAAUCUAUAUUUACUGUUCUCAACGUAAUGGGAAUUGAUCUAGGGAAUAUUGAGAUGUUGAAACUAAACAAAGAUGGAGUGAAGGAAUCAAUAGACGAAGGGAAAAACCUCAAAAGAUCAUUAAAGAAGAUUAAUCACGGUAACGGGACUGAGGAGUCGGUAGGUUCCCCAGCCGCUAAAAAGAAGAAAGUUUCUGCUAUUGAAGUUCAAGUCCAGAUAGCCAAACUCUUGAAGGAUCAUCACUCUGUAACUUGUUUGAUGGAGAACUGUGACGUAGAACUUACCCGAGAAAGCUUAUCUGAACAUAUGCGCAAGCAUUAUCAGGAUGAACAAGCAGCGCUGAAAAGAACAUCUUUCGGAUCUUGUUCUCUACCAGUUUCCAGACUUGACCCUGUGAAGGAGAAGAUGAUGGAGAGGAUAAGAAAUAUGGAAAUGGAAGGAGACUCAGAUUCGGAUGAUUCAAGUGCUGGUCCAGAUCUACUUCCGAGGUCGCCAGGCUCAUCUUUAAAUACCCUCAAGGUAUUUAUUUUCUCCUUUUCUAACUUGAAUUUUUGCGGAAAUACAUAG